AUGUGGAGGUGUUGCACGUUUAUAUUCCCGGAUACGUUACAGGCAGAAUUCUCAACAGAUUUGCUUGAUGUAUCUUCGUGGAGAAGGUGCAGAAGAGAAGGCGUUGAACUUAAUGGAAGUUGCAUGGGAGGACACAAGUUAGUCGUGGAGCCUUACCCGUUUCAUGCCACACACCUUGACCACAAGUUUGCUCCUACGAGAGACGCAGACAAUAAGCAAAUUCACACGAUUUCUGUUGAUGGAUAUGACACUUCGCUUCCCUUGGAGUAUGCCAAGAGCAUGCUAAGCGCUAUCGUUCAUGUUAGGGGAAUAGACGCAUUAGAGAGGUUGCUUCAACUUCGCGGUUGUGAUCGAAAAGGAUUGGAGAAUAUUAAAAUUUAUCGGGUUGUUCGUCCAAAACGACGAGUAAAAGGGUUCAGUUUUGAUCCCAAGCUUCUUGAAACCUCUCCUCCCAGGAUUAGGGUACCUCAUGAGGAUCCAGGUCUCCCUAAGCCGCCAUGUCUGAAUAAUCUUCUCCCUCCUGCAUGGAAAGGUCUUGUUUUGAAUACAGAGACUGAGGAGAUACCAGCUUCAUCAGCUUUGCCUGCUUCCACAAGCCGCUACGCACCAGAGGAUCCAAGUCUCCCUAAGCCAUGGAAAUGUCUUGUGGAUAAUAGCACUGGGUAUGGCUACUUUUGGAAUACAGAGACUAAUGUUACCCAGUACCAGAGACCACCUUCAGAGACUAAUGCUACCUAA